AUGCUCAGAUAUCAUAUGCAAGGUUUUAGUGGGUACGGUGUCCAGUAUUCUCCCUUUUUCGAUAACAGGCUCGCGGUAGCUGCUGGUUCAAACUUUGGCCUGGUUGGGAAUGGAAAAUUGUUCAUCCUUGAGAUUGAUCGUUCAGGUAGAAUAGUGGAAGUUAAUUCCUUUUUAACACAGGAUUGUUUAUUUGAUCUUGCAUGGAACGAAAGUCAUGAAAACCAAGUGUUGGUUGCACAGGGCGAUGGUACAUUACGCUUGUUUGAUACAACCUUUAAAGAGUUUCCUAUUGCUAUAUUUAAAGAGCAUGAACGAGAAGUAUUCAGUUGUAAUUGGAACUUAGUCAACAGGCAGAAUUUCUUAAGUAGUUCAUGGGAUGGAUCUAUAAAAAUAUGGUCCCCUCUAAGAAAGCAAAGUUUAAUGACCCUUACUCCACGACCUUUAGAGAUUACCAAAAUGGUGGAUCCAUUAAACGCCAUUAUAUUGAAAAAGAAAAGCUUUACAGGUAUUUCAAAAAACAGGAACUGUGUAUACCAAGCACAGUUCUCGCCCCACGACCAAAAUCUCGUAUUAUCCUGUUCAGGGAAUUCUUAUGCAAGCUUAUUUGACAUUAGACUACCUUCCGGCAAAAAUCAGAAUAAUUUUUUAGUGCAUUCAGGACUAGAAGCAUUGACUUGCGAUUUCAACAAAUACAGACCUUAUGUAGUUGCCACAGGAGGUGUAGAUAAUGCCAUUAGAAUCUGGGACAUUAGGAUGCUAAAUAAAAAUGAAUCAGCGACUAUCAAGAGGACUGUGCCCGGCCAACUUCACAAUUCAUCAUGCAUCAAUGAAAUCCCUAAUGCGCACGGGCUGGCAAUCAGAAAAGUUACCUGGUCCCCUCAUCAUUCCAAUAUUUUAAUGUCAGCUUCAUAUGAUAUGACCUGUCGAAUAUGGAGAGAUCUCAGCAACGAUGGUGCAAAAGAAACAUAUAAAACUAACUCUACGGAUGCUACUAAAGGUUCCAUUUUCAAUUUCACACAGCAUUCAGAAUUCGUAUUUGGAGCUGACUGGAGCUUGUGGGGAAAGCCAGGAUAUGUGGCUUCAACUGCAUGGGAUGGAAAUUUAUUUGUAUGGAACGGCUUAGGUUGA